AUGCGAAUAGAAGAGGGUCUUCAUGCCUGCUGGAGUACGGGGCGUUUGCAUUUUAUUUUCAUUGUAAAAAAGUACUUUUUAUUGCGAUUUAUUUUGAAUGUUGGCGAGGUAUUCACCGAUGGGCUAUUUGAGGUUUAUUUCCGACAGACUGCAAUUUUUUUUGGCGAAAAAAAAAAAUCGCUGGGCUGAAGAGCCCUGAUUGCCUUCGCGCUGGCAAUCGGAGUUGUGGCGUUUAGGAGCCUGCGUCGCCUGAGCUUUUAGGCCAUUAGCUGUUGACGGACAUUGGCCCCCAUCGCAUUGCUUAAUGUUUUUCCGGGUUGGCCUGUUGCGCUAGACCGGGUCGGGCGGGUCAGGACCUGCGUGGCUUGACGCGCAAGAUCGCACGCAGCGCGCAGCGCUUCCAGGCGUCUUCGUGGCCCCCGUCCUGUGACAGUGGGGCCGCAUUGAAUUCGGCCUGGCGCACCAGCCACACCGGCGCCCGACAGUCCCGGCCAACAAGACGCCGCGGCGCGGUGAAGCGCUCUGCGAAAACUUUUUUGCUAUGGGCCGGCGGCACAGCUGAUGGGUUCGCCUGCUUGCGCGGCCUCCCCCCUGGCUUCGCGAUGGCUUUGGUGGUUGGCCGGCAUCGGGCCUCUCCCAAGCAAAGGCUGGGGUCUCGCAUUGGCAGCGGUGCUUGAGGAGCAGCACACCACCCGGGGUCCUUAAAAGAAGAGCAGGCUUGGGCGGCCGGAAGUCUUUGCGGGUCACCGCCAUGCCCCUGCGCCCGGGCCCGGCAGGGGCGUUCUUUUUCCGGGCCCCCCGCGCGGAAGGGGGGGUAAGCAGUUGCCUAAGAAAAAUGCCCGGCCGGCCCCUGGAUACAAGCGCGCCGGCCAAAGAAGGUGGCGAGCAGGGAAACGCAAUGAAAACCGCCAAGCCCCAGCCUCCCGCGGCGGCUGCUUUUGCCCCCGUGAAAGCCCCCCGAAGCCUGCCCCCCCCUAUUCUUAAAGCUUUGCCCGGCGCCUGCCGCGGCCCGGCCGCGCAAAAUGCUGGCGCGCCACAACCGCCCCGGCGCGCCUUCCUGCUCUCAGGAGGCGCCAUCGGCUGCCGGGCAAAAAGAAAAGGCCGCCGGCGGGGGGGCCAGCAGGAUGCGCGACUAGCUCGGCCCCGCCCGCGCAGGUGCUUAGGCUGGGGCUUGGGGCCCGGGAAAGGUGUCGCGCGGCAGCGGGGGCAGCUUUAUGGGCAAAAAAAGACCGCCCCCGCGCCCCGCGAAUGGGGCGCAGCCCCGGGGACAAGAAAGGAAGCGACGCAACCCUUUGCAUUUUCCCCAGCUAUCGCGGCUUGGCGCCGUUGUUGCCAAGCCGCCCGUGGGCUGAGGGCCAGCGGCCUGCGCCCAGGGGCGGUCCUCUUCGGGCAGGACUGCUCACGGGCGGCGACCGCUUGUUCGCAUGCCCCCGGGCCUGCCGCGCCCCCCGGGCGACCCCGUCCGGGGGGGUAGUUGGAGGUAAAUUUCUUACCGGGCGAAAUUUGCGAAAUAUUUAGGUUCGUCUGCCCCUGAUAUUUACAAAAUAUUUAGCUCGAAACGCGACCACAGUGUUUUCCCAUUGAAAUCAUUAAGGAGCCGAAUCCGGCCGCGUUUCGAGCUAAAUAUUUUGUAAAUAUCAGAAGCGUUCCGAGCUAAAUUUUCGCAGUGUUCCGGCAGCCGGGCCGCGGACCGGAUUGGCGCUUCGCGAGGGCUUCCGGGGCCCCGGUGGUGCCUCUCCGACGCAGGCAGCAGGGCGACGGGCCCCAAGCCCCCGCCCGGGGAAUGCAGGGCGGGCCCGGGGAAGAACUCGGGGGCAACGUGAAAAAGGCCGCAAAGGCUCCGCCGGCAAGGCCGGCGUCAGCGAUGUCCGCUUGGGGGCUCUUCCGUUGCCCGGCCGGCCGCCCAGAGGAUGUGGAUGGGCGGCCCCUUGGCUUCGGGGAAGGCCCCUGCAGUGGGAGAGGGUUCGUGCAAGCUACCUGGCGCGCGCGUCCGCGGAACACCCGGGGCCCCCCGUCGCAGACCUUAGCCCGCCGGAUGGCGCCGCCGCCUUCCGAGCCACUAUCGCGCCCUUGUGCCCGGGCCCGGCCACAGCGCCUUUUUGGGAUUUGCCCUCUGCCCGGCGGCACGCGAGGAAACCACGCAAAAGGCCCAAACCCCCGGCAGGCCGCGGCCGGAAAAAAGACCGGGCCGCGGGGCGGGCUUACCUGGAGACGCGUUGGCAGCCGGCCGCGUUGUUUUUCUGCCGGGCGCGUGUGCAUGUUUCUGAAGUUCCCCAGCACCGGCCUGGCUUUUUGCAAAAAUCCCCCCGCUUGUAUUGCGCAAAUCGGCCGAACAAAGCCGGCGCGCAGCGGGUGGCCCGGCGCUUCCUUUACCAUGCCGCGGCCCCGACGCUCCGUUGGGGCAUCCUGGCAAGCAGCCUCGAAGGACACGGAGCAGGGGCACGCGCAGCCGGGCAGCGGCCACACGGGGGGGCCGCGGCGUAAAGGGAGGUGGCAGGGGCCAAACGAAAACAGGCAGGGCGCGAAGGAGGGUGGGAGGCCAUGCGGCAAUUGCCUGCUAGUGUGGGGCCCGCAAAAACGCAGCGGGGCGAAACCACACCACGGGCCGCGACGCGGUCUCGCCGCUGAUGGCCGUUCCCCAGUCUUGGGUCGCUUCGAAAAAGUAGGCGCGCCAGGAGGCGCCCCGGCCUUUCCUUGAGAUAGGCCGCCUAGCGGUUUCGGCAAUGGGCCUUGCGGCAGUGCACGAAGCCCGUGCUGCUGCGGUAAGUAUGGUUUUGGGGGGUGCGGAGGAGUUCCGGGUGGUGUACCUUGCGGUGUGGCGUGUCGCUCGGGAAAAUCAUCCGUGCGAUUAGCCCGCAGCGUCAUCUCCUUGCCGCCCUCAUGGGGGUGAGUGUGUGUCGUGCCCCGUGCCGUGCAGCUGACAGCCAUAAAGGAGAGGCCAUGCUCAGGGGCCCCCAUAUCAACUCACGACUGGCCGCGGCUUGGCAAAAAUGGAUUUUGCAUCCGAAAAAUGUCGGAAAUUUCGCCUGCAAUACCCAUCGGGCGAUUCCUCUCCAAUGAAUGGCUCUCUUUCGCUAGGAUCUCUACAACGUUUCGGUUUUGCUUUAUUUCGUGUACUACUGGAUCGACAUCACCAUGAAAUCAAACGAGGGGACGUCGAGAUUGAUGAUGAAUUCUCGUCAGUAGACUCAUUGGAGGUGUUAAUAAACGACAACAAACGCAAGAAAUAAGCUGUCAAUCCUCGGGUACAACAUUCUUUUUCGUGUUCGGACCGCGUCACGCGGCUGCAUCUUGUGCUCCC